UCAACUGCGUUGACCAAUAUUUUGUUCUCACCAGUUAUGGUAUGGCCUUUUUUUGUUUUUAUCUUUUCUCUUUUCCUACUUCCCUUUCCUUAUCUUCUGGCAGCCCUGCUCUCCUGUUCAUCCCGAAUUCUAGACGAGCCUUAUGGCUAGCGCAAAUAAGGGGCAACGCUGCCGACUUUGACGUUAUCUUUGAACUUGAGGACCUCGGUUUACCGUCUCCGUCCCAGUCUUCGUCAUUAACUUUGAUCGUUCCCCUGCAAGCGGCCCAGCUGUUUGCACGCUAUCAAGGCAGAGGCUGGGGGUGUUGUGUCCGCCUUGAGUAGUUUUCCACUUCUCCAGCUUCCUCCGAGCUCUAGUUUUGUUCUUGGCCCUGCUUUUUUUUUUCUUCACUGCUGACAGCAUCUAUCCCGCCCCUAGAGGGUGGACCCGAUAUCUUGCAUAUUCCUGCAGUCCAAGUGGAUUCCAUCACGGCGGUCUCCGCCAAUACGACGCGUCCCCUAUCGUCUAUCAUUUGGCCUUGUCAACCUUCUCCCCAUGUCCAAGUCAGCCCGCCACCCACCACUAGCCCCACGAAUCCUACGCAAGUAAUUUUUCUCAACAGGCCGUCCUCUCUUGUGUACAUAUAUGUAUAUCUAUAUAUAUUAUGGACUAGGUCUUUGUCCCGGGGGGGAAAUAUGACUUCUUUUCUUCUAACCUUUGUUGUUCCUCAGCCAGCAGCAGCUUGUUUCGUCCCCAGCUGUUGAGACCUUGAGUGUUCAGCGGGUCGGAGUCGUCUUUCCCUUCUCGUUUCCAGCCAGCGUUAUACCCGGUAAUCAGCAUGCGUUUCCUGUCUAUAGCGGCUUCAGCGCUGCUGGCCGUUGGCCAGAUGGCCAGCGCU